GGUGUCCCCAGUCGUGGGGGCGCGGGCAUGGAAACGGUGCGGGGAGUGCCGCAAGGGAGCGCUGGGGCCGAGGCGCUGCUGCGCGAGCUGGAGGCGCGGGUCCAGGACGUGGUGAGGGCGAGUUCGUGGUGGGAACGCCACGGCGUGGACGGUGCCGUCCUCGGGCUCAGCCUCCUCUCCCUGCCGCCUGGGUUCCUGUGCCUGCGCUCUGACAAUGUCCUGGUCUUUGUCCUGGGCAUUGCCAUCCUGGGCGUGUGCCACUACACCCUCACUGUCAAGGGCAGCCACCUGGCCACUCAUGGUGCCCUCACCGAGUCCAAACGCUGGAGCAAGAUCUGGGCGCACUUCUUCGUGGAGGUGUGCACGGCCUUCCCUGCAGAGGACGCCAAGCACGGGCACGUCAAAAUGCACCACGGCUACACCAACGUGCUGGGCCUGGGGGACUCCAGCACGUGGAAGGUGCCUCGCCUCAACCGCUAUGUCUACAUGUUCCUCGCUCCUCUCUUGAUUCCUGUCCUAACCCCUCUGGUGGCUGUCGAGCGGCUGAGGAAGGCGAAGCCCAGGGUUGCCCUGCGGACGCUGGGCCUGAUCUCCCUGGGCCUUUAUUCUCAUUACUGGCUGCUCCUGACUGUGUCUGGUUUCCAGAGCCCCGGCUCAGCCCUGGUCUGCAUGCUGAGCAGCAGAUCUCUGCUGGCCCACCCUUACCUCCACGUCAACAUCUUCCAGCACAUCGGGCUGCCCAUGUUCUCCCGGGACAAGAAGCCCCGGCGGAUCCACAUGAUGAGCCUGGGGGUGCUCAACCUGCCGCGGCUGCCCCUGCUGGACUGGGCCUUCGGCCACUCCAUCGUCAGCUGCCACGUGGAGCACCACCUCUUCCCCAAGCUCUCCGACCACAUGUGCCUGAAGGUGAAGCCUGUGGUAUCCCAGUUCCUGCGGGAGAAGCAGCUGCCUUACAACGAGGACACCUACCUGGCUCGCUUCGGGCUGUUUCUCAGUCACUACGAGGAGCUCAUGGUGCAGACCCCUCCCAUCACCGAGCUGGUGGGGCUGCAAUGAGGGGCGGGCUGGCACAGCCACACUGCUGCCCUCCGGGGCCCAGCCCCGGCUCUGCUGCUUCU